AUGGCUGAGAUUAUUUAUUUUCCUGAUAAACAAGCGUUAAAUAUGAUCUUAGAUGAUAGUGGUGAUUUAACAAGAUUAGUACAUGAAAAAUAUACCGAAUUACUCUCUGGUAUUUAUGGUAUAACAGAGGCAUCAACAACUGGAGUACAGAAUUUAUAUAAGUUAAGUGAAGGCGGACAGCUGAAAUUACGUGCAUUCAAUGUUAAUGGCAGUGUCACAACAUCGAAAUUCGAUAACAUGUACGGAUGUCGUGAAUCCAUAGUAGAAGCAAUUAAAAGUGCUUCGGGAAUAAUGAUUGCAGGCAAGGUUGCAGUUGUUGCCGGAUAUGGAGAUGUAGGCAAAGGUACAGCUCAGGCAUUAAAAGGCAUGGGAGCGAGAAUUAUUGUAACCGAGAUUGAUCCUAUAACGGCAUUACAAGCGGCUAUUGAAGGUCAUGAAGUGUUAACGAUGGAAGAAGCAUGUAACAUUGGUCGAAUAUUUAUUACAGCAAGGGAGUUUAUUUAUGUAUGUAACAUAACUGGGUGUCGUGAUAUCAUACGGAGUGAACAUUUGCUGAAAAUGCCGGAUAACGCUAUUGUUUGUAACCUUGGUCAAUAUGAUGUUGAAAUUGAUGUUGAUUGGUUAAAUUCCAAUAAUGUUGGAAAAGAAACCAUAAAGUCACAAGUUGACCGCUAUCAGUUAGAAAACGGUCGAUCAAUUAUUUUGCUUGCCGAAGGAAGAGCAGUUAAUCUCGGUUGCGCACAUGGUCAUCCAAGUUUCGUAAAGAGCGUUUCAUUUACGAAUCAAGUCUAUGCUCAAAUGGAAUUAUACAAACAUUAUGAUCAAUAUCCGAUUGGCAUUUAUAUUUUACCUAAAAAACUCGAUGAAGAAGUAGCAACACUACACCUUGAACAUUUGAACGUUAAAUUAACAAAACUUACACGGCAACAAGCUUUCUAUUUAGGCUUAAAACAAAACGGACCAUUUAAACGGGAAUAUUACCAUUAUUAG